AUGGAAAGCGGUGAAUACGCUUAUGUGGAUAAUCCGUGUAAUAUGAUGACCACUUUUAUGGUAGCUGUGAAUUGUGGCAAACAUUUGCAACUCGUAUGGAGUGAUGAAUUCAACGGCAAUUCAGUGGACAAUAAUAAGUGGGAAAUCGCCGACAAAUGGCGGGACGGGAGGUGUGAGGACAAACCUCAAUACCAACUACACUGCGACUCAAACUCGUUGAAAAAUCUACAGCUCCGGGAGAGCUGUCUGGCCAUUACGGCCGUACGCGAGACACCGGACACCGACAAUGAUCGGUACCGCACCGACCCCUCGGCCACUGACUACACAUCGGCAUCGGUUGUGUCGACACAUGACUGGACUUACGAUGUGUUUGAUUUGAGGGCCGCUCUGCCCGCCGGCAAACUCUUACGACCAGUGAUAUCGCUAACUGAGCGCAACGGCACCGGCGGUCAGAUAGACAUUGUUAGCAACGAUCAGAUCAAAAGGUGUGGUAAUCAACGCUUUGGUCACCGAUUGAUCGGCAGAUGUGGAGGAAUGGUAUUAUCAGACAAACAAAACACUGCAAGACUUUCACAGCUAUACUAUAGAGUGGAGCGAAUCGGGUGUCCAUUGGUUUCUCGAUGA